AUGCCUCCGCUCUUCCCAUCAAACCCAUCAGAAGUGAUGGUGAUCCGCUAUAUCACUCCCGAUAUUGUCACGUUGAGCUUACCAUUCUCGCGAUUCGGGUUUAUCAAAUUCGGUGGACGAGGAACUUUAGUUAAAUUGACGUCAGGGUCGCUCGCUGUAUUCUCCCCUGUCACUCUAACACCAGAGGUCCGGGAUACCAUUAGUUCUCUCGGCGGCAAUGUCAAAUACAUCGCCGCUCCGGAUAUGACACACCAUCUUAACCUGACAUCGUGGAAGAAAGCAUUCCCCGAUGCCCACAUCAUAGCACCCGAAGGCCUUUGGGAGAAGCGUCAAUCGAACCCCGAGUUCAAAGAUACACCUUUUCGCCAUAUCUUCACCAAAAAGCAAUACGGCCAGCAAAAAGUCUCGGACGAGUUCGACUCGGAUUUUGAGACCGAGUAUGUCUAUGGGCAUAGCUCACGGGAACUGGUUUUCUUCCACAAGCCGUCUCGCACUGUCAUCGAGGCGGAUCUCCUGUUUAACCUCCCCGCAAAAGAACAGUAUUCGAGAACCUCGGAAGCUGCCUCAGGGAUCUUUGAUAGAAUUUUUGCUCCCUUGAUGUCGGCCGCACCACCUGCUACCUGGCAAAAGCGGUUCUCGUGGUAUCUCCUUUCCGGCGCGGAUCGGAAAGCGUUUGGGGAGUCGAUGAGGAGGAUCGAUAAGUGGGAUUUCGAUCGGAUUAUUCCAUGUCAUGGAGAUGUAAUCGAGACGGGAGCCAAGGGUGUUUUCAGGAAUAUUAUGGGUUGGUUCUUGGACGAUACUAAGAAAGGGGUAUAA